AUGAUCCUCGUGGUGGUUCUGGUCCUCGCGGGGACAGGACUGCGCGUGGACGGCGACCUCCACGUUCUUCAGUGGAUGCACGGCUGUGAGGGUGAGACGCAGCCUGACGGCACGCUCAGGUUUGUCCGAGGCGUGGACAUGUACGCCUACGAUGGAAACGACUUCCUGUCCUUCGAUGAUAGAAGCGGAGUCUGGGUCGCUCCGAUUCCGGAGGCACAACCCACCAAGAGGAAGUGGGACGGCGUCCAGGUGCUGAAAGAGUACACCAAGGGAUACCUGGAGAACGAGUAUACACACCUCUUUACAUUUCCUCCUCCAGCUCCACCCGAGGUGUCCCUGUAUGCAAAGACCUCCAGAGUGGAUGCAGACGUGGUGCUGACCUGCCUCGCCACAGGCUUCUACCCAGCAGACGUCGUCCUGAGGAUGAAAAAGAAUGAGAGCGUCCUGACUGCAGACGACGGCCUGAUCAGCUCAGGAGUUCUUCCCAAUGAAGACCACACCUUCCAGAGGAGAGACCGUGUGGAGGUUUUAAGGUCUGACCUGUCUGCGCUCAGCUGUGAAGUCGUUCAUGAGGCAUCUGCUGUGAGCGUUACCAGAGUUUGGGACUCUCAAAGCUCCUCUGACUCCGCCUCUGACUCCGCCUCUGACUCAGGUGUCUCCU